AUGUUUUCUUUCUCUGUUUGUCUCUGUCAGGAACUGCUGGAAACUCGUAAAACCAUCAUCAAUGUGGUCAGCACCUCCUCUGCAGCUUAUGAAGCAAGGGAUGAAGCUCAUGCCCGUUUGGGCCAGCUGCAAGACAAAGCAGAGAAGGACUUAAAGCAGUAUAUCUCUGAGAUGAAAGAAUUGGAGCGCUUCCUGGAGAACGACCGGCGCAUGUCUGAAUUCAUCAACAUCAAGCUGCAGGAAAGGUCAUUCACUGAAGAAGCACUGAAAGCCAAGGCAAAGAAACAAGAAGAACGCAGACGGAAAGACAGUGAAGAAGAGUUGCUUGAAUCUUACACCAAUGCUUUUGAUAAACUCCUGGAGCUCACUGGCUCAAAAGAUCUGAAUAUGGCUCUGGAUACAUUUGUUAAAGAUAGGGAAAGAAAUUUUGCUCAAUUCAACUAUGUCAAUGAGCAAAACAGUCAGAAGGACCGACUAUGGGAAGAAAUUCAUGAGCUUUGUCAUGAGAUCCAGGAGAUUCAAAAGCGGAACAGUCAAAGGGAGGCCCAGCAGCUGUUGCAGCUCCAUGACACUGAAGGCCAGCAGGAGGUUACGGUGAGAGAGGCCAAUCAGGCUGAGCAGAACGUGAAAAAGUUCCUCAAGAUGUGGGAGCAGCUUAAAAGUGGUGAGCAAUGAAGGGAGAAAAAGGAGUUGCUUACUAAUGGUUGUAUUAAGUACUG